GCCACAUGAAACAUCUACAAAUUCAAAAGGGAAAACAAAAAAAACUCUCUUAAAUCUCUCCCCUCCACCGCCACUCUUACAUAUUACACACAAAAGAACGCUAAAGUAAUUUGAAAAAACAAAAUGGGUGUAAAAGCAUGGACAUGUGCUUCCACCUUCAACUACAAUAUCCUCUUCUUACCCGCCUUCCCAAAUCCAGUCCCGCGAGCUUCUCUGAAUUCCAGGCGCCGUGAACCUCAAAGACAGCCACCUCUAUUGUUAUGUUUGGGCAAGAGGAAGCUCGGCCUCUCAUCUCUAUCCUUAAUUCUAAGUGGGGUUUCCCCAAACUUGUCAAUGGCCAUGUCUGCGCAACAAGAAUUGGAGCUUGAGAGGUACAUUGAUUCAAAGGAGGGUUUCACUCUCCUCAGGCCUUCUUCUUGGAUCAAGGUUGAUAAAGCAGGGGCAACUGCUCUGUUUGAAGAGGCUGAUAAGGGGAGUACUAACAAUGUUGGGGUAGUGGUGAGCCCAGUUCGUCUUAACUCUCUCACAGAGUUUGGUAGUCCUGAAUUUGUGGUUAAUAAACUUAUACAAGCUGAAAGGCGCAAGGAAAGUACCAAAGAGGCUGAGGUGAUUGCAGUUGCACAAAGAUUAGGCAAGGGAGGUUUGCAAGUGUAUGAGUUUGAGUACAAGGUUGAUAGCACCAGGGGAGGAAUGAAGAGGGUCUUUUCUGCGGCAUUUGUUGCUUCAAAGAAGCUGUAUCUUCUCAAUAUUUCUCACUCUGAUAAACCUGAGAACCCGCUGGACACCCACACAAGAACAGUACUGGAGCAAGUUCUUCAUUCAUUUGAUUCAGCUCCCCUUGUAUAAUGUGUAAGAUGGUCAUGCCUUGGUGCUCUGCAGCUUAUGUAAAUUCGAAUUUUACCACUUGUACCAAACAUUUGCUGGCCAAGGUAAAGGCAGUCUGAAACCACAAUGAAAGCUUGCUUUGUUGUACAUUUCUAGUCAUUUCAUAGCAUAACUUUGAGCAUCCUAGUUAUUGUGCAUGUAUGCCUAAUCCCUUAAUGCAUAUGUGCACAUACGUGAUCGGGCAUAAUCUUACAAGC